AGCAAACAUUUCCGAUAUUUAUGACAGUAACAAUGUCGUGAUAAACACUUCUCCCGUCUUUCUGUUACCUCCCAGUCCCGGUCAUAGUUAAUGUCACCGUGUAAUUUCUCUGACCAUCUCUUUCCAAAAAACGUCUCGUUUGACUCAGUCUCCAUAGUCCAAACCAUCAUGCGCGAUUGCUUCCCUCGUCGUUGUCCCCUCUUAUGGAUCUUCAGAACUCUCAAAACCCUGUAAGUCUUGGAACCAAAACCCUAGAAUUCUCGAUCCCAUUUUAUUCUUCCACAGAAAUUCACAUCAAGAUGGUAGAAAUCCUUCUCGAUAUUCUGGUCCCCUCCUUGUGGGAGAUCGAGAUCACCGUAGCCGCAGCGAUUUUUGUCAUCGCUGCGUAUAAGCUUUUGUUUCCCGGAUGUGGAGGAAAUUGUGGUGAUCACUCUGUCAGCGAUGAUUCAGUUGGGGGACUUGGUGAUGACAAAGAUAAGAUGGGCCAGUUGAAAGGAGAUUGUCAAACCGAUUCUGCAUAUGUAGUCAAGCUGGAGCUAUUGGCAGCCAAGAAUCUUAUUGGUGCUAACUUGAACGGAACAUCAGAUCCUUAUGCUAUCAUUACAUGUGGUGAACAAAAGCGAUUUAGUUCCAUGGUUCCUGGUUCGAGAAACCCAAUGUGGGGAGAAGAGUUUGAUUUUUGUGUUGAUGUGCUUCCUGUCCAGGUUAAUGUCACAAUAUAUGAUUGGGAUAUAAUUUGGAAAAGCACUAUUCUUGGUUCUGUGACUGUUCCCAUUGAAGAUGAAGGUCAAAGUGGAGCAGUCUGGCAUACUUUGGAUAGCCCUUCAGGGCAGGUUUGCCUCCACAUUAAAACAAGUAAAAUCCUUGGUAACUCUUCUAGGGUUUUGAAUGGAUAUGCUGGAGCUAAUGCUCGAAGAAGAAUCACACUAGAUAAGCAGGGCCCCACAGUGGUUCAUCAGAAACCUGGCCCUCUGCAAACAAUAUUUAAUCUCCCCCCUGAUGAGGUUGUUGAACGUAGUUUUUCAUGUGCACUUGAGAGGUCAUUUUUGUACCAUGGCCGAAUGUAUGUCUCUACAUGGCACAUUUGCUUCCAUUCAAAUGUGUUUUCUAAGCAAAUGAAGGUCAUUAUUCCAUUUGAAGAUAUAGAUGAGAUUAGGAGGAGUCAACAUGCAUUCAUUAAUCCUGCUAUUUCAAUUAUUCUUCGUAUGGGUGCUGGUGGGCAUGGUGUUCCUCCUUUGGGAAGUCCAGAUGGUAGAGUAAGAUACAAAUUUGCCUCAUUUUGGAACAGGAAUCAAGUGUUUAGGGCUUUACAGCGUGCAGCAAAGAACUUUCAUGCAAUUUUAAAAGCAGAAAAGAGGGAGAAGGAACAGUCUGCGUUGCGUGCUCACAGCAGCUCCGUUAGAGGUAGAAGGCAGGAAAAUAUUCCUGAAGACAAUGUUCCCAAGGCUGGAAAUUUUCAACCUUUUAUCAAAGAAGAAGUUCUAGUUGAUAUAUACAAUGAUGUUUUCCCAUGCAAUGCUGAGCAGUUCUUUAAUGUAUUUCUGGCUGAUGAUUCAAAUUUUCUUCAUGAAUAUCGGUCGGCACGCAAAGACACUAAUCUUAAUUUGGGGCAGUGGCAUACUCCAGAUGAAUACGAUGGCCAAGUCAGAGAAAUAACAUUCAGAUCUUUGUGCAACAGCCCCAUGUGUCCACCAGACACGGCCAUGACUGAGUGGCAGCAUGCUGUUUUCUCAGCUGAUAAAAGAACUCUGGUGUUUGAGACUGUACAACAGGCACAUGAUGUUCCAUUUGGGUCUUACUUUGAGAUCCACUGUAGAUGGUCUCUGGAGACCACAUCUGAAUUCUCUUGUACUCUACACAUUAAAGUCGGUGUACAUUUCAAGAAGUGGUGUGUCAUGCAGUCUAAGAUAAAAACGGGAGCUAUUAAUGAGUAUAAGAAGGAAAUGGAGAUGAUGUUGGAUGUGGCCCGCACUUACCUGAAGGUCAAAACUUCCGAUGCGGAAAUUGAGGAGUCAUUGUCUGUCAUUUCAUAAAGAGCUAGGAGUAAUGGAUCUUAGUCCCUUCAAGUCUUUUGUAAUGAUUCCAUCAGGCCUUUGUAAUUUUUUCUUAUUUUUAUUUUUUUUAAUCAUUAUAACCGGAAGGAUAGGUCAUUCUAAUGUAGGUAGUGUUUUUCUGGCCCCUGAGAAUUGGAAAAAAAUCGUCUUUUUUCAUCCAUGUUUUUCUUGUUUUGCUACCUUCAAAAGGCGACAUGUGGCAUUACUUUAAGUGAACGGCCAAGAUUGAGUUAAAAACCAAACUGGAUGUAAUAACCCUCACCCAACUGAAUUAAUCUUGACCGUUGAUGACACGUGUCAUCUUCUGCAACUAGCAAAACACAAGAAAAACACAGGAAUAAGAAAAACAGAUGAUUUUUAUCCCUGAGAAUUCUGGAACCUAUUGACUUUGUACUUCUGACAAGCAUGUCUGUCGCCAAUGGCCAUGAUGUAUUAAAGUAAUACACAGAAUUGGGAGAAAGCCCACACAUAUGGCAAAGUUUUGUUCAGUAUAUUGCUCCUGAAACCUAAAUGAUGUGAAUCACACUUCCUUGGCAAUGGGGGCAUGUUUUGUCUCGUCCCCACUCCCCAGUGGCACGGAUCCAGGCUCCUGUCUUUGAAGAGAAGCAGUAGAUAGAGUUUUUCGGUUUGUGUAUGUUGUAUUGUCGCCCUGUCUAUGAUGAAGAGUUGCAGAGGCGUGUUCAUACAUUUGUAAUGAGUUUGUGUAAUGCCAAUUAACAAUAUGAACCAUAGAAAAAAAAAAACACCGCAAUGGUUCAAAGAAGUUUACCUCUUA